GAAGAAGAAGCAGACGCUCCGCCUGGUAGCGUCUCAUUGGGAAGGAGGUGUCCCAGCCAGCUUCUCCAGUGUCUGCUAGAACCAUGGCGCGAGUAGAAACCUCCUCCGACAGGCCGUACCACCUGGUUAUCUUCGGAGCCUCUGGGUUUACUGGUCAAUUCGUGGUGGAAGAGGUGGCCCGGACCGUCUCUGAAGACCCCAAAGGGAACACGAAGUGGGCCGUGGCGGGCAGGAGCAGGCAAAAGCUGGAAAAAGUUCUGGAGCAAGCCGCUGGCGUCCUCAAUAAGCCCAACCUGAGAACACAGGUGGACAUAAUCGUUGCAGAUGUUGCAGAACCCGACUCCCUGGCAGCUAUGUGUAAACAAGCUGUGAUUGUUCUGAACUGCGUUGGGCCUUACAGAUUCUUCGGUGAGCCGGUGGUCAAAGCCUGUGUGGAGAACGGAGCUCAUCAUAUCGACAUCUCUGGAGAGCCGCAGUUUUUGGAGAGCAUGCAGUUGAACUACAACAGCCAGGCAGCUGAGAAAGGAGUUUAUAUCAUCGGGAGCUGUGGCUUUGACUCUAUUCCUGCAGACAUGGGAGUCAUCUACACCAGGGACCAGUUCAAGGGGACUCUAACUGCUUUGGAGAGCUUCCUGACUGUCAGCUUUGGACCUGAUGGUGGACAUAUCCAUGAUGGUACGUGGCAGUCGGCCAUCUACGGUCUUGCCGACCGCUCAAAUCUCCGCGGUCUUCGGAAGAAGUUUAAUCACAAACCCCUCCCCAGUGUUGGCUCAAAGCUGAAACACAGAGGAGCGCUGUUCUACAGUAAUGAGAUCCAGCAGUAUGCUAUACCCUUCAUGGGUUCUGAUCCGGCUGUUGUGAAAAGAACACAACGCUUCCUGGCAGAGGAACAUCGGGCCACACCGGUCCAGUAUGGAGCAUAUGCUGGAGUUGGAGGUGUGGGGAACUUGAUCAAGAUGAUGUUUGCUGCCAUGAUUUUCUGGUUCUUAGUCAAGUUCAGUUUUGGACGCAACCUGCUCAUCAAGUACCCAGAGUUUUUCUCCUAUGGAUUCUUCUCGAAAGCUGGACCAACCAGAAAACAGAUGGAGGGUUCAUCCUUCCAGUUUUCCUUCUAUGGCCAGGGUUACACAGAGGACCAGGACCCCUCUCAGGGCAAACCCAACGCCAAGAUCCGUACACUAGUUCAGGGACCAGAGUGUGGCUACGUGGCCACUCCCAUUGCCAUGGUACAGGCCGCUCUGACCAUUCUCUAUGAACCUGCAGCUUUGCCCAAGAGGGGAGGAGUUUACACUCCAGGAGCUGCUUUUGCAAAAACUACACUGGUCGACCGCCUCAAUAAACACGGCAUCCGCUUUUCUGUCAUCUAAAGUUCGUCCCCUUCCUGCUGCUGUAUUCCAGGUUUUUGUGAGCACUAAUAACUAUAACAACUGAGAAGUUAAAAAAAGAGAUAUUUGUAAAACGUAAAAGCCACAUUGACAUCAGAAAACUGUUUUUUCAUUCUGUUUUCAUCAUUUAAUCUUUUAGCGUAGUGAGUAACUACAUAAUUCUUGCCAACAAACCAAAAACUAAAUUCUCAACCAGAUUUGGUUCACCUCAUGCCUCCGAACAGAACUUGGGAGUUGUACAAGAUUGUUUUUAAAAAACAGCUCAUCGUUGUUUACUCUGCACACAAAAUACAGAAAAAACUAUUUUCCUUCAUGUUGUUCAAGCUUUUGACAUAACUGCUGGUUUUUGCUUUCUGUAUUUUAUUUUUUCAACACGAUGUUAAGGGGAAUGUGUUCAGAUUUUUUCAUUCAGAUAUUUUAUUUUUCCAAAAAGCAGAUAUUUGAAUAUAAGGGAUUUACAUUUCAGCUCAUUAGUCACUUCUUAUGGACUGAAGCUUUAUGUUUCAGUGGGCGAUUUAAGCAGUACUACAGUUUAAAAUAAUAAAAUAAUAAUAAUACAUGCCAAAUAUUAUCAGAUGUGACUUCAGGAAAAAUGUCUCUGGUCUCUGUUUUGUUUCAUUUCCGUGGGUUAAAUCACAAUCUGUAGAGGACAAAAGCUGCUUUUUCACAGCAAGUAUUUUUUUUGAAUACUGUUUGGUCAUACCUCCUUUUUGAAUGGCUUUUAAAAUGCCUGUUGUUCCUUGUGUACUAAACAGCAGAUUAAACUUUAUAGACUAGAGUUGUUUUAUCUACAGCUGAUGUCAAUCCGUACCUGUUCACGUUGAAGCAUUUUGUGCAUGUUCUGGGAUCUAGUUUUAUUAGCUUUGUGUCAGCCUCAAAUAAAAGCCAAAUCUGAAAAAUGUA